AUGCAACUACACUCUGGUCAAAUCUGGCUCGAUGAAAGCGCGUGGAUCGGCGCUGAAAUCGAGUUUGAGGACUGCAAAGUGACCAGAUGGAAAAUCACGAGCAAGAUUUCCCAGAGAGAGGAAUUCUGGCGAGACUACAAUGCAGUGGGUGAUAAUCCAGUUUUUAGCAAUGUACGUGCUGUGUUUGUAUGUUGCGACCCGACGAAUCCAACCCAGGAAGCAAUCCUGAAGGUUCGAUUGCAAUGGCAGACAUGGUCUGAGUCUUCCUCUGCGAGAGCUCAGCAAGCAUCUCCGGCACUGAGCUAUGCCGCGAAGGAAGAGAUUAGAGGUCUCAAACUACUCAUGGAGGCAAACUGCUCAUCCACACCAAAGCUCAUUUCAUCCAAACAUCAGCUCCAGGGCCAGUCAGACUGGAUCCCAGGAGGCUAUAUGGACUUCAUACUCAUGGAGCUUGUACCAGGCAAAGUUCCGGGUGAUGGUGGUUUCCCAGAAAGUUGUAUGCCAACUGAUGAGUGGACCGAGCUUAAGGCUGCAUUCAAAAAGGCGUGGCUCGAGUGCAUCGCAUCCGGGAUAUAUCACACGGACGAAGGGGCGCGUAACUUAAUUUGGGAUCGCGAUCAGCAGAAAUGUUACAUUGUCGAUUGGGAGAGCUGGGUACCUAACAGCGAAAUGUCUCCACCAUAUUUGACGUGGACGGAGGACAAAUAUGCUUGGUGGAAUGUUGCCAACUGCUGA